GCACAGCGCCGCAUGAAGUCGUCGAACACACUAUUCCUCUCAGCAAAAGCGACGGGGGAGUUUCUGGAGUUUGAAUGUUUACGGCGGCACAUCUGGACUUUUCGGACCAUUGUACAAAAAUACACAGAAGAACUGGACUUUUAUGCUAAUAGAUAUGGACUAUGAAAGAAAAUACACACGGUAUAUGGACAUCCGAGAAAGGAAGAGACUUCAUAGGGAAUCCCUCUGGCUACUGGAUCCGUCGCAUUCUAAGGGAGUGUCAUCAAAGAAGCCGUGCAGAGAAAGAACCAGCCUCACAGACGAGGUUCUAGGGACCAGGUCUUCAGUGAGACGCAUCAGAUCUGUCAGGGAAAAAAGGCCACUGGCUCCAAGCCAACACGUAAACCUCAAUGCCAAUAGAGAAAGUGGGAGUGACUGGGGCAAAGCUGUGAGCCAGAUUUCAUCUGCACAGGUUAAAGUAGCUGCUGUGGUCGAAACCACAAUCAAGAUUGAUUCAGAACCUGCCCCUAAAAAGAGGAGAAAGAUUCACCCCUCUGGUUUCACAGGGAAAGGUCAGCUGAAACUAACAGUAACACCCGGCAACGGACUGCUCUACGUUCACAUUUUGGAAGCCAGAGGACUCAUGGGAAGAGAGUAUAGACCAUGUGACGCGUACGUCAAGAUAACCAUGGCUCCAGAUAUUGAUCACAGUAGGCGAUGGAAGACCAGGACCGUUCUAGACUGCAAGGCUCCGGUUUUCAACGAGACCUUUAUGAUAGACGUGGAUGAAGAUGAUGAGAAGAAGAGGCUGGUGGUAACAAUCUGGAAUCGUGACCGGACAUCCAGGCGCAGUGAUUUCCUGGGCUGUAUGAGUUUUGGUGUCCGCUCUCUCAUCACCUCAUCCAAGGAGAUCAGAGGUUGGUAUUAUCUCCUGGGAGAAGAGCUGGGCCGGAGCAAACAUCUGAAGGUGGCCGCACGUCGCAUCAGACAGACAGCUGAAGCCGCUCCGUCCAACUAUGAGGCAGGAGCCGAGAGCACGCGACCGGAGAACAUGCAGUCGUUUACAGUGACUAUUUUGAGAGGAAAAGAUGGUUUUGGCUUCACCAUCUGCUCUGACUCACCUGUGCGGGUCCAAGCUGUUGAUCCAGAUGGACCAGCUAACCAGGCCGGUUUGCAGCACCUCGACACGGUAUUGCAACUGAAUGGCCAGCCGGUGGAACACUGGAAAUGUGUGGACCUGGCCCAUGCCAUCAGGAAUUGUCGGAAUGAGAUCACAGUGGUGGUAUGGAGGACGGUGCCGGUCAUGAAACCGUACUACGAGGGGCUCAUCCACAGGCCUUCCUACAAACCCUCUGGUUUUGACAAUGUAUCUUCUACUACAAAGACACAAAGCAAAACCCCGCCUUUGCUCUCUCGACCCACCAAUCACAAAGCGGGUCGCCGCAAGAAAGAAAGUGGCCCUGAGAACACAGGAAACGGAGUUGGAGAGUCAUUGUGGACUUGGACCGGAAAGCGAGAGGAGAACGAUUACAAAACGCGAACCCAGACCCUCAAAGGUACCCGUGUGACAUCAUCAAACGGCGACAAUUACAUCAUCCUCUCGCCUGUCAGUCCUGGAAAUCAGAUAUUGCAGCCGGUGUAUUCAGACACCAACGGAACGCUGGGAACUCUCGGACGGAUCUAUCAGACUCAUACCAACAGAGGGCCGCAGCAGAGCCCGGGAUACCUGCAGGAUGGAGCGCUGCCGCCUCAAGCCACAUUAUGCAGGACUUUAAGCAGUAAACCUACCACGAUGCCCCCCUCAUCAUACAGACAGAGCUAUGCCAACUACCAGAACUGCACAAUCGUCCAGUCCCACCUGCCACACUCCAACUACGGCACAUAUGUCAGCCUCGCACCCAAGAUUCUCAUCUUUCCUGUUUUUGUACAGCCAUUGGAUCUCUGCAGCCCUGAGAGAAUCCUAAUGUUGUCAGAGGAGAUGACUCUUCACGACAGUAAACACAUUUCUCUGAAGGUCACAGUGUUCAUCUACACCGAUCUGAUUCUGUUGACCAGAGAAGAUGAACCAGGCCGCUGUAAUGUCCUGCAGAGUCCCCUCUACCUCCAUCAGAUACAUCUGCAGGAUGUUCCCGCAGACAAACUCCGGCUGUACGUCUCCUACUGGAUAGAGAGAACCGAGUGCUUGUUCAGUCUGGAGGCCUUUUCAGCGGAACAGAAGAGGAGGGUCGUCCAGUGUUUAAGAGACAAUAUUGACAAGCAGCUCACCCUGAGGGACAGAAUAGGGCCUGAUCAGAUGCUGGAACCAAAAGCAGCUGAACAGGCUGAUCUGGGACUACUGGGCUUCGCCUCUCACAGUGUGUCUGAGCCGUGUUCUCCAUCAUGCCCGUCUGCAUCCCCCGUCAUGAGAAGAGCCACCUGCAGCUCCCCAGCUCAGCGUAUCUCUUACCCCGACCUCCACUGCAGCACCGUAAACGCCAACCAAACCUCUCCAACUUCACGAGACGCCUGCAAACCUGCUUACAUGGAGACCUCCGAGAUCUGGAAAGAGCGACGGAAGGAGGCGAAGGGAGGCGGGGAGGAGUCGCAGCUGGAGAAGAGGGAGCAGGGGGAGGGUGAGAGCGCUUCGGAGACCAUCAGCGUUGGCGCCCGACCCACAUCUUCGUCGUCUUCUUCAUCCCCUCUCAUCAUUCCCAAACUGUGCCUGGAUCGCUCCUUCAACACAGACGCUUUGACCUCACCCUCCACCGAUGAUGAUGACGAGGAGGAUGAGGAAGACGACGAAGAAGUGGACUGCGACGAAGCCUUUCUGAAGAGGAGGAGCAUGGUGGAGGCGUCACCAUCCGGUGGCCAGCAGGACGGGGGAUUGUGCGUGCAGAGGUCCCUCCACAGACGCACGCACAGCGAGGGCAGCUUGCUCCAGGAGCCGCGUUCUCCACGUUUCAUCUCCGAUCAGGCCAUCGACUGCAUCGAGGCCAAGCGAGAACCUCAGGAGCGGUGGGCCCUUCCCUCACCGCAGACUAUGAGGAAAGAGCUGACCAAGAACGGAGGGUCUGUUCAUCAGAUCUGUCUGCUCUUCACCGGACGGAGGGUUUGUGGGAAGCCGAACUGUAAAUGUGACACGGGAAAAAGUGGUCUGAAGAAGAAGAAAUCCAAAAACCUGGCCAAAGACAUGAAAAAUCGACUGACUUUCCUGCGGAAGAAGACCAACGACAGACAUGGAAGCAAUGCAGCCAGCAAGCUUGAGAAGGUCCAUAAGUCAGAGAAACCGACUCCAGAGGAAGUGCUCAAAUGGGCAGAUUCACUCGACGCACUCCUUUCUCACAAAUAUGGCCAGGUGGUGUUUCGUUUUUUCCUGCAAACAGAGUUUAGUGAGGAGAAUCUGGAUUUCUGGCUGGCAUGUGAGGACUUCAAGAGGAUCAAAUCGCUGUCCAAAAUGGCAUCCAGAGCAAAGAAGAUAUUCACAGAGUACAUCUCCAUACAGUCCUGUAAAGAGGUUAACUUGGACUCGUACACUAGAGAGCACAUCAAGGAGAACAUGGAGAACAUCUGUGCAGACUGCUUUGACCUGGCACAGAGCAGAAUCUUUGGACUCAUGGAAAGAGACUCAUACCCUCGAUUCCUCCGCUCCGACAUUUACAUGGAACUGACCGACCAAAAGAGACGCAGCUCUACCACAGAUUCAUGUUAAAUCGCUGAAAACAUCCGUACAUCUUUAAACUUUAAGAUCAGUAUCGAUGGAUUCAGAAGCAGUCGAGUAUGAAUCAAAUGGAUUUAGUUCAUGGGGGUGUGUCUACAAUAACAUUGUCCAUAUGAUGACGAGCACCUUGGAGAGCUCAACGUAAGAGGAUCUUUUACUGUUUUUGGAUGCUUCAGUGCUGCACCCUGUUGGACGGUUGUGGCUAUAAGAUGGUGAUGUAACUGUUUUGAACAUGUCCGUGUCUUCAUUAUGACAGAAGUCAAUGCAUCGGUGCUCCCUACACAUUGGAAUCUGAAGCGUCGGUCAUCUUGUUGUUCGUAGAAGGUGCAAUGCAUGUUGGGAAUUGCGGAUAAGAAGACAUUUGGUACUGUUUUGUUUAGCUUUACUGAGGUAAUUUGCUAUUUCAGUUACCGUCUCCUUCCUAUAUAGACCUCAGUGUAUACCCGAGAACUCACACUAUUACACAGAUGGAUCACAAUUUUAUGUUGAGAUUAUAUUAAUGUCUUUUUAAACUAGAAGGCAAACAGUUUGUACAGAAUGACAGAUGACAUGUCUAUGUUCUAUUAUCUUAAAAAGAUAAAUUAGCAGUUAUGUGUAGAAAUGAGAAUAACAUAUGGCUUAAAGCACACCAAUGUUUUUUAUAGUCCCUCAGUAUUACUCUGGAAAAACACAUUUUUAUUACUAUACAAAUUUAUGGUAACAAACCGUUUUCUUCAUAUAGGUCCCCCUGACUGACUCUAACCCCUUCUUGUUUUAAAUGUGCAAUAUAUCGUUUUCAGAACGUACAUGAUUUAUAAAUGCCCUUCCAUAACAUCAGUCAGGUUUGUGGGUUCAAAUGCAAAUGUGAUUUCUGUAAAUAACAGAGGUUGAGGUUUAUUGGCUAAUAGUUAUUGUGACGUUGAAAGUAUUUUGUUUGUUGCUGUAUGCUAUUAGUUAGUCGAUUGCUCACACGUCUAAGAAACAAGAAUAAAAGCCCAGAUUGCUAUUGAA